UGGUGGUGGUGGUGGUGGUGUUGUUGAUGAGAAGAGAUGGAGAGAGGAGAAGGUGGGAGGAGGAACGAAGAGAAGAAGAUUCCGCGCCGAGGCACGGAAUCUGAUGGAAACUGAGGAAGCUGAUCAUGAUGUGUUCAUCUUGACGGCUUCUUUACAUAGACAGGUUGGUAUACAGGAAGAUAGUCAGGCUGAGGGGAUGAUGAAGAUGGAUGGAGAUGAGGAUGAGGGAAGAAGGAAGAUGGGAAGAGAGAAGAUGGGAAGAAGGAAGAGUCUGGGGAAAGAGGAGGAAGGAGAAGAGAGAGAGAGAGAGAGAGAGAGAGAGAAGGAAGAAGAGGAAGGAGAGAUGAGGGGGGAUUUAUAGCCAAAGAUUUCCUGGAAGGUGCCUGGAAUUCAUUUCCAUUCACUGGUAUCAUAACACAAGAUU